GAAAGCGAAAAAGCGAUUCGUCGUGGCGCAAGCGCCAAAGCAGAAGCUUUUUCGAGCGAGCCAGCCGGCGGUGCCGAUGAUCAAACGCAUCGGAUUCAGUGGCGGCACGGGCGCAGAGAGCAAGCCGAGUAACAGCUUCCCACCAGCCACAGUCAGUCAGUCACUCGCGAUCGGUUAGUCAGUGACGGCAGUCACGCGGCGACCGUGUCAGACGCACGUUGGUUCGCGCGGAACGAGGCCGUUGUUGCCGGACGGGUGAGAAAAGAAGGAUAUUUGGUCGGUGAUCGAGAAAGGUCCGCCGUUAAAUCGCGAUCGAAGUCUCGCGUUGCUCGCGUUGGACGUAUAUGUACAGCGCGGAAUAUCGCCGCGCAGGCGCGAUGCGACGCUCGGCCGUCGCUCGGGAUUUGGCGUCGACGAUCAUCUGAUACGAAAAGGAGCGCGAAGUCGCUGCUGGCCGGCUGGUGAAUCGCGUGUGGAUGAUCGGCUCGAGAGUUUGGAGCGGUGACCCGGCGACAGAAGCGGAGCGUACCGGCGAGUUGCGCCGCGAGAGACACGCGCGAAUCGUAGGUGAAGAGAGCGAGGCGCGAACGAGCGAGACGGAGCGAAGAAGAGGAAAAGAGAGGUUGCCAACCACGCCACCAGCAGCUCCGUUUCGUGUCCCUCUCGAAACUCGUCGCCCGUUGUGUGCCGCCUUAUAAAACGCGCGCGCAGUUACGCGUUCGUGCUCGUACGAACGAGAUAGCGAAAAAACGACGAAAGGGAUAGUAAAUAAAUAGUCGGAAGAUAAAUCGACGGACGAGAGAGGCUCGUGUACCUUUAGCCGUCGGACGUGCCUCGAGAACGCGGUGCGCGACGCACACCUCUCGCGUUAUCUGCGGUAAAUACUGCGGGCUGUCCCGUGGGGCCGUCGAUUGUUUCUAAUCGUUAUCGUGCGCGCGACCGACCCGGCCGCGUAUCGUCGCAGUUGUCAUCGACUUCGCCGGUCGUCGUUAGCCGAUCCUCCUCGAAAUAAGGUGGUGCGAGACACGCACGGUGGAAAGAGUUUUGUGCAGUGAACGGUCGUUAAUAGACCAGUGCCGCGGCUCCGCGCGCCGGACAGAGACGGAGUCGAGCGUCUUUCGUAGCAGAGAAAGACAGCGACGAAACGAGACGCGAGAAGAGUACGCGAAGGUGGAAAAGAGACGAAGGAAAACGCGCUAUAUACGCGUCAAGCAUCGCGCGCGAGUGCCAGAGACGAGACGGUGAAUAGGAGAGACGCGAGAGUGCGACGGAGAGAGAGAGAAAGAGACGAAGACGCAACGAGAGACGGACUCGAAAGCAGCCGAGAUGCAUUUCCACGGUGGUCUCUUGUCGAUCUUGCUUAUCGUCGUUUCUUGCCCUUUGACCCUGCGCGCACGUAGGGUCGCGCCCUUGAUCGAAGACGACUGGGCGAGGAGACCUCAUCGAGCCGCCGAAUGCACGUUCGGCAAGCAGAUACGGGAAUUGGGCUCCACCUGGUUCGCGGAUUUGGGCCCGCCCUUCGGAGUCAUGUACUGCAUCAAAUGCGAAUGCAUUCCGGUGCAAAAGAAGCGACGGAUCGUGGCGAGGGUCCACUGUCGUAACAUUAAAAACGAGUGCCCGAAACUUACGUGCGACGAACCUGUUCUUCUUCCUGGCCGAUGCUGCAAGUCCUGUCCAGGAGAUUUCAGUACGGACAUAGUGCAGGAUCUGCCAGCGCAGCUGUCGUCGGAGGAAGAGGAACGAAGUCUGAAACAUUUCGGAACCCUGUUAACUGGCAGAACAUCUCAGGUCCUCCGUCGCGACGAGCCCAGCCCAACAUCCCUCUACAACAGCGCCUACAACUACGUGGCUACCGGGCGUUUCACUUUCCACCGCAAGAACCUCUACUACUCGUUCUACCUAUCGACAACAACUCCCCGACCGAGGAGCAUACAAUUCGUAGACGGUUCAGGGAGCAUCCUAGAAGAGCAGAUAAUUGACCCAAUCGGCGGGGUGUAUCAAAACGCAACGGGUAAACUGUGCGGUGUUUGGCGAAGGGUUCCUCGGGACUACAGGAAAUUACUUCGGGAGGAGCGUCUACACGUGUCGUUCAUAUGGGAGCCGUCGUCCACCCUGACCGGACAAUUGUCCCGUUACCGUGCCUUGUCCACCGAGCAGUACUCCUCGUUACUGGAGCCCACGAUGGGCGUAGACCGGUCUCUGAUGUCUGGCGCAGGGGCCACAGCCAUAGUUUCGGCGUCGUCGGCUUCGGCGCCAUCGAUCCACGUGUCCCUGGUGUUCAACGGAGUGUUCCUGCCUAACGACGUGCUCGAGGUGCCCCUGAUCGUUCAGUUAGAGCACGUGGAGAAGGACUACGUGGUGCUGCGAGAGGAGAUCGUGGUGAAGAAGCCGUCGAACGAGCUGAACUUCGGGGAGGUCCGUAGCGCGUUGUCUGGAGCGGACCUGCGUCUGCUGACGCGCGGCAAGUUGUCCAUCAGCAUAAUGUCCAAGAAGGAUCCGCAGGCGAUAAGAUUGGCGGGCAUGGUUGGUCCCAGAGCCACCUGCGACAUGUAUCAGACGUUGCUGUUGUCGGAGACGCCUUCAGCGGCGUCAGGGCUCGCCUGGGCUUUCUUGGACCGCGCUGGAUCGUUACGGUACGGAGUUCAGUUGAUCGGACUCGAGGAAGAGAGUCCCCUGGUGACCCUGGUGGACGAGGGGGGCAAACGUCGCACGGAACUCGAAGAUCUGACUCCUGCUUUGGUUGACGGGCUCGCGAACGGGUCCCUGGAUCGCCCAGGACCGCGUCUCCUGGAGCCCCUCUUCAACGGCGAGCUGUCCGUCGUGGCAGCCUCCCAUAUGGGCUCCAUGUUGCGUGGUCGCCUCUAUCAGAGACCAGUGGCGGACGCCAGGGACACCACAGCGCCAGUGUUGCUUCGAAGAUUGUCUCAGGAACCCGUUCAUCCCGGUCCCGUUGGACUGGUCUGGAUAGCCGUGGACCUCGAUUGCUCCCUCCACUAUGAAUUAGAGAUCGCUGGCUUCCCGCAGGCACCGGCAACCGCCAACACCGAACCACGGACCUUCAGGCUCUAUCUGGAGACCAUGCCUCUUCUAGCCCAGGGUGCACCAGUCGCUCGGAGACUCCUGGAGGAGUUCACCGGCUAUGUACUCGAAGGGUCAGUCACGGGACUCUCGCCUGUGGAGCUGUACAGAAUCGAAUCCGGUAUCGGGUUCCUGGAGGUGACCGAUAAGCAGGCCGAGAGGAUCCUGAAGGCUCCCUUCAAGGCCAGAGCGCCUCUCAACUGCUUACCCCAUUACACGAACAACGACGUUGCGUCUGUGGUAGCGUACGAGACGGGUGCCUGUUUCCACGAGACCAGAUUCUACGAGGAGGGCACCCAGUGGACCUCCAGCACGGACCCGUGUUCCAUGUGCCAUUGCUAUCGUGGACUGGCACAGUGCGACCCUGUGCCCUGUCCUGCACUCACCUGCGCGCAGGGCAAGCAACUGAAGCCUGCUGUUGGCCACUGCUGCCCGAUUUGUGCGGGUCCUGGGAUGAACGUAAACGGGACCGGGAAGAACGUCAGCUCGAUAACGAGAGGAUGCAUCCUGGCCGGUCAGUUCCACCUACCAGGAGCGUCCUGGCACCCAUACUUGCCACCUGUUGGAUUCGACACGUGUGCAGUCUGCACGUGCGACCCCGUCACGCUGGAGGUAAAAUGUCCACGAGUGCAGUGCCCGCCAUUAGACUGCGACGAGAAGAUCGCCUUCAGACCGAGCAAGAAGGCCUGUUGCAGGCAAUGUCCGGCGACGACGCCCAGCACGGCGAACGUCGGCGUUCAGGGUGGUGACACCACGCGUUUACCUCGAGACCAAGCGAUACCGACGGUCAAACGCACCCCCGAAGAGAUCCUCGCUGCCGGUGGUUGCAAGUAUCCUCUGGGUGGACCUUACGAGAACGGGAUGGAGUGGCAUCCUCGCGUUCACUCGCAUGGGGAGAUGAAGUGCGUCAAGUGCAGGUGCAAGAACGGCGAGGUGAGAUGCGACCGGAAGCGGUGUCCCCGUGCGCUCUGCAACUCGAUCACUCAUCAAAUAAAACGCGGCGAAUACGUAGGAGAGGUGGACGACUGUUGCACGGUGCAGUGUCGUCGAGCAAGGCGUCAUCAUCGCAACAAUCACCACCCAGCCCGACAUUCGGUGACGCCUCGAGAGCUCAGCUGAGUCCAGCUGUCCGAAUGAACCUCCUUCGAGCUAUCCUGCUUCAUGGAAACGUUCCCGGGCCAUGUUUCUCUCGACAGUCAUCGUCCCACAGUCGAAUAGAGCAGUUAUAGUCGUCCAUCUUCCGCGAACGGACCAGGAUCCUGCAGAAAUAUCGGAGCUACAUCUUCUCGUCUUAUAGAGUUAUAAUUUAUAGUCUUGUCUUCCGUAUCAAAUAGAAGGAUCUCGUGGAAAUAUCAAAAUCGAUUUAUGCCAUCUUGACACUCCGAGUCGAGUUUAUAGUCCACACGGACCAAGAAAUAUCGAUGUUGAUCCUACGAUACGAUUCUCGUUUUCGCCAUCUUUAUCAACGUGACAGUAAUGCCUUCGAGAGGAUAGAGCAGUCGAACAGAAAGUCUGCGGAACAGAGCGCCGAUUACAAUUCGUGCAGAUUGAAUCAAAGGAGCGGUAAAAGAGGAUCGUCCUAAGGUUUACGAGUGUUGCACAUUUACGGUGGAAAGAUAACGAGGCUGUAAAAUUCAAUUUACGCGAGGACAGAAAUUUAACGAGGCUGUCUGGCCAGAUGGAGGUAUCACGGUUCGGUAUUGACGAUCGACUGGUUCGGUUUGAGCUUACGAUAUCCGGGGAGGAUUACAUUCGGUUGCGGAUAAAACAGGGCCGGCUGGUAGGGGCUGUGGACAACAGGAAAUUCACUUUUAUGAACAAAAUAUUUUUAUCGUUGAUUUUAUGACUUUUUCAGUUUGAUUCAUUUUAAUAGGUCUUUCAUGCAGUUAGUAUGGGAAUAGUGGGUUCUUGUGAAGUGGAGUGAUGUGAAAAUUUUGAGAUUUCGAAAUUGUAGAAUUUUCUUGUUACGAAUCUCCUUGUACCUAAAUUCGCAAGUGCUCAAACUAUGCUUUUCUAAAUGUUCUAAUUUACAAAUUUCCAAAUUCAUAAA